CACCGCGCGAGGUCUCCAAUAUCAAUUCGGAGUUUGGCCGUCACUCCUGCCGACCCUUAAUUUGUUACAUUAUAAUUAAUCUAUAUUUUUAUAUUUUUAAAGAUUAAAAAAAUAUUGUAAUGGGUGACACGGUGAGAGAAGAAAAUGUACAUAAUGAAGGGGAGGAAAUGGCAAAGAAUGCCGUUUUAGUACCCAGCACUUCUCUACCAGUUGAUACAGUUACAGUAAAAGGUUAUGACUUUAAUAAAGGACUUGAUUAUCAUGAAUUAUUUAAGACCAUGAUACAUUGUGGAUUUCAAGCUACAAAUCUUGCACUAGCGAUUGAAGAAGUAAAUAGAAUGCUGCAUCAAAGGAGUGUACCUCUCACAGAAGAUCAGAUUGACCAGAUAGAAGAGGAUGAAUUUAUUAAAAGAAAAUCCCAUUGCACGAUAUUUCUGGGCUAUACAUCAAAUAUGGUAUCCAGUGGCAUCAGGGAGAUUAUAAGAUUUCUUGUUCAACAUAAAUUGGUAGAUUGCCUCAUUACUACAGCAGGUGGAGUAGAAGAGGAUUUUAUCAAAUGUUUAGCACCCACAUAUAUUGGUAGUUUCUAUUUGGAUGACAGGCAGCUUCGAGAAAAAGGACUUAACAGAACUGGAAAUUUAUUAGUACCAAAUGACAAUUAUUGUUUAUUUGAGGAUUGGCUGAUGCCACGGUUAGACGCAAUGCUGACUGAGCAGAAGGAGAAGGGCACUUUAUGGACGCCAUCCAAGAUGAUAACAAAACUUGGCGAGGAAAUCGACCAUAAAGAUUCCAUUUAUUAUUGGGCCGCGAAAAAUAAAAUUCCAGUGUUUUGUCCGGCUUUGACCGAUGGUAGUCUCGGUGAUAUGAUGUUUUUUCACUCAUUCAAAAAUCCAGAACUCGUACUCGAUAUAGUUGCAGAUGUCAAGAGACUAAACAGGAUAGCUAUGAAAGCGGUGAAUAGUGGCAUAAUAAUUGUCGGAGGUGGCGUGGUAAAGCAUCACAUCUGCAAUGCUAAUCUCAUGAGGAACGGUGCGGAUUACGCCGUUUUCAUCAACACUUCUUCGGAAUUUGACGGUAGCGACAGCGGUGCACGACCCGAAGAAGCGAUUUCAUGGGGAAAAAUUCGGAAGAAUGCUACUCCAGUCAAGGUAUGUGCUGAUGCUACUUUGGUAUUUCCGCUGUUAGUGGGAGAAACUUUCGGAAGGUAUUAUCAUUAUUCGGGGAACAAUACUAGUAAAAACAGUACUGCAUGUGAGUCAGCUGUAUAAGACAUAAUAAAGAGAUUUAUAAU